GAACGUCAAAGUGACAUAACGAUAAGAAACACACAGUAAAUUCAUGCGGGUCAUGUUUUUUAGUCCAAAAAAUUCAGUUUUUUAACAAAAACAAAAAGAUUUUUUCCGACAACCGUGAUGUAAUUCGUCAAAAGAAGUAUUAUCGUUGCUAGUGUUUAGCGUAGAUUACGUAUUCUAAGUCAAUUGAUUAAGAAAAACAUUGAACAAUCGUUGUUUUCACGUCGGCGAAGUUUAAUUGAAAUUAAUUCAGUGUUCGCUAGCGGUAAUUCAUUAACUAAAACUAAAACGAAAAACUAGGUGCGAAGUGUAUGUUACACCAAACUAUUGAAUUUGAUUGCAUCUCAGCAAUCAGAAUGAUAGAGUGAAGAAGUGGACAAAAAUCGAAAGCUCUGUCCAUUCCGUGUUUAUUAAAUGCACCGACACACUCUUUCCAUUUUACAUAUUUUUACCCAAUAAAAGUUUUAAGCGCGGCCAACAUUUGUAUACAUUCGGUUUUUUGGUGUGUGUGCGAGAUACCUUCAUAUAUAGUAAGAGGUUUAUCGAACGGCAUUCACAUUCGCUAAUCAGAAGUCGUUGGAAAUACACCUUUUUUGGCUUAAAACAAAUUGGUUUCGUUCGGAUAUUAUUUUCCACUCACAAGUGUAUUGUUUACCAUCACAAACAGUUUCGCGUUUCGUUUUUUUUUGCUCAUUUGGCACAUUUUCUAUGCACAAAUAUCAUUUGAUUCAUUCGGGAUAAAUAACUAGUGUGUUUGGAAGUGAAUAAAAUUCGACUUAAUUGUGUUGACUGCAGUGCAUAAACAAAAUCAAAAACGAACCAAUAAAAAAAACAAAUUGAAAACUGAAGAUUUUCUGCAGAAAAAGAUACGUGGCACAUCUCAGAAUAGAUUUUGUUAUUAAGUUUUCUUUAAAAAAAAAAUCAGCGAACAGCAAAUAGAACGUGUCUGAUAGCUAGAGAGCGAAAAAUCCAUCAAAACAAACAGCAUAAUGUGCGGAAUUUUUGCCUACUUAAAUUACUUGACGCCGAAGACUCGUCGGGAGAUCUUGGACCAUCUAAUUGCUGGACUUAAACGUCAAGAAUAUCGUGGAUAUGACUCAGCUGGCGUUGCUUUCGAUACUAUUGACGGUAAAAACAUGACAUUGGUCCGACGAUCCGGCAAAGUAGAUGUCCUUGUCGAAGCAAUCAGCGAAACCUACGCAAAAAUUGAGGAAAACGACGAACCGAUUGACAUCCAUGUUGGCAUCGCGCACACAAGAUGGGCAACGCAUGGUGUACCCAGCGAAGUUAAUUCGCAUCCACAACGUUCCGAUAUGGAUCAUUCGUUCGUUGUCGUGCACAACGGUAUCAUCACCAAUUACAAAGACAUCAAAACAUUCUUGGAACAACGAGGCCAUCGAUUCGAAUCGGACACGGACACAGAAAUCAUUGCCCAACUGAUACAUCAUUUACAUCAACAGCAUCCAACGUACUCGUUCAGGGAAUUGGUGGAGCAGGUCAUUCAGCAAUUGGAAGGAGCUUUUGCCUUAGCUUUCAAAUCGCGUCACUUCCCCGGCGAAUGUGUUGCAUCUCGUCGAGGCUCACCGUUGUUGGUGGCUAUCAAAACUAAGACGCGCUUGGCCACUGAUCACAUUCCAAUUUUGUACGGAAAAGAUGACCACACCGUCAAAAAAGAAUCGGAUGCUGCCACCCAUCCAGAACAUCGGCCACAUGGAGCGCCACAUGAAUUGCCGCUGUUACCUCGCAACGAAAGCACUUCUGAAUUUAUGCCCGUUGGAGAUAAGGAAGUCGAAUAUUUCUUUGCGUCGGAUGCAUCAGCUGUGAUAGAGCACACCAACCGAGUCAUUUAUUUGGAGGACGAUGAUGUAGCGGCUGUAAAAGAUGGUGCUCUGAGCAUUCAUCGUCUACGCAAAACCUUAGAUGAUCCACAUGCUCGUGAGAUAACAACGCUCAAAAUGGAAAUCCAGGAGAUCAUGAAGGGCAAAUAUCAAUAUUUCAUGCAAAAGGAGAUUUUCGAGCAACCGGAAUCGGUGGUGAACACAAUGCGUGGUCGUGUAAAUUUUGUCAAUAAGACCAUCACUUUGGGCGGUAUCAAGGAUUACAUUCCUGAGAUCAAACGGUGUCGACGAUUGAUGCUUAUCGGUUGCGGUACUUCAUAUCACAGUGCAGUGGCCACACGCCAACUGCUAGAAGAAUUGACCGAACUACCUGUUAUGGUUGAACUGGCAUCGGACUUCUUAGAUCGAGGAACUCCGAUUUUCCGUGACGAUGUGUGCUUCUUCAUUUCACAGUCCGGUGAAACGGCCGAUUCAUUGAUGGCUCUGCGAUACUGCAAACAGCGCGGAGCCCUCAUUGUUGGCAUCACCAACACUGUCGGUAGUUCGAUAUGCCGUGAAUCUCAUUGCGGUGUUCACUUAAACGCUGGACCAGAAAUCGGUGUCGCAUCAACAAAAGCCUAUACGUCACAGUUCAUCUCCCUGGUCAUGUUCGGUCUGGUAAUGAGCGAAGAUCGUUUGUCGCUGCAGCCACGACGACUGGAAAUCAUCGAAGGUCUGCGAAACUUGCACGAUCAAAUCGAAAAAGUUUUGCAAUUGGACGAAAAGGUGAGCGAACUGGCAAAGGACUUGUACAAACACAAAUCGCUGUUGAUAAUGGGACGUGGCUACAAUUUCGCCACAUGUUUGGAGGGAGCAUUGAAAGUCAAAGAAUUGACGUACAUGCACAGCGAGGGUAUAAUGGCUGGAGAACUGAAACAUGGACCAUUGGCGCUGGUCGACGAAUCGAUGCCAGUAUUGAUGAUUGUCGUACGUGAUCCCGUUUACGUUAAAUGCAUUAACGCUCUGAAGCAAGUGCAAGCUCGCCAAGGGCGACCGAUUUUAAUUUGCGAAGAAAACGACACCGAAACACUAUCACAUUCCGAAAUGUCAUUAGAAGUGCCAAAAACAGUGGACUGCUUGCAGGGUGUUCUUACAGUCAUUCCAAUGCAGCUACUCUCCUAUCACAUUGCAGUUAUGCGCGGAUGUAACGUCGAUUGUCCGCGUAAUCUGGCCAAGUCAGUUACAACCGAAUAAAUCCGGCUGUGAGUGGUUGCUAUCGAAAUGGAGUAUAUUAUUGUCGCGUGCGUAAAAACGAGAAUUUGGAAUAUCAAAAUGAAAGAUUUUGCUUGAUGUUGUCGGGAAUGUUGUUCUCCCAUUUCUGUUUUUUCGAAACUUUUAUUUUUUGUUAAUUUAAAAUUCAAAAACUGACGCUCGGUGCGUUGAAGUAAAAUGUCUAAUUUAUUCGUAAAAGUCAUCGUUUUGGUCAUUGUUUUAUUGGAAAUUUUGACGAUAAAUUAUUUUUGUAGCCUGUAAACACGAGAGCACUUUAAUAUGGGUAUGAGGGUAAGUCGAUUAAACGAACACACACACAGAAUGAACUUGUUUUUAUCUCUUUAAUGGUUUUUUAAUAAAAAAAAUUUCUUUCGAAAAAAAAA